CAAAAAAGGUAGAGAGAUAUAAAUGAUACAUUCAAACUGUGAUUUUUGUGAACAGGGCCAUCGAUGCACCCCUCGGAGCUAAUAGCGGAGAUGAGAAACAGUGGGUUUGCACUGAAACGAAAUGUGCUGGGGAGAAACUUGACCGCAAAUGAUCCAUCACAGGAAUAUGUUGCAAGUGAGGGUGAAGAAGACCCUGAAGUUGAAUUCUUAAAGUCACUAACAACCAAGCAAAAACAGAAACUGCUCAGGAAAUUGGACAGACUUGAAAAGAAAAAAAAGAAAAAGAAAAAGGAUAGAAAAAAGAAAAAGUUACAGAAGAACAAAAAUAAACACAAAAAACAUAAAAAAUCCUCUUCUUCCUCCUCUUCUUCAUCUUCUUCCUCCACUGAAACCUCAGAAAGUAGCAGUGAGAGUAACAACAAAGAAGAGAAAACAGAAAAGAAGAAAAGAAAGAAAAACAAGUGUUCAGGAAAUAACACCAGUGACUCUGAAGAGGACAAGUCUAAGAAGAGAAAACUUCAUGAAGAACUUCCUAGCAGUUAUAGUAACAAGGAAAAAGCCAAGGAAAAACCUAAGUUUUUAAAACAAGAAAGUUCGGGGGAGAAUAGUAAGUGGAGUCAUUCUGAUUCUGACAAAAAGUCCAGAAGCCACCAUCAUAGCCCAGAGAAGAGAGGCUCUGAAAGAAAUGAGGGGACCAGAAGCCAUAGCAGAGAUGAGCGGAGGAGGAGGAGAAGCAAAAGCAGAAGUCCUGGGAGUUACAAGCAAAGGGAAAUGAGGAACCUGUCACAGCGGAGGCCCAGUGAAGACAAGAAUAGAAGAAAAGACACCAGAAGCCAUGGCACAGAUGUGUGCAGAGGAGAAAGAGAGAACAGAGAGCACUCAGGAGAUAAGCACACUAAAAUGACCUAGCAGUAGAGACAGUAUGUGACAAUUACCUGGGAAUAAAAAUAUCUGCAUUUUCUUGUUGACUAUCUUUAGCAAGGGCUAAAUUAUAGACUAUUGUCUUUGUAUUAAAAAAGCUCUACUUUAAUUUUCCAUCUGUGUAAACUGUCAUUUCAAAUACAAAACUACAUGAGUACCACAAGAAUGAAUUUUGCAAAUAUUUGUAAGCUAUUUUGGAGCUUUAGAAAUAUUUUCUGUUGGUAACUGUUUCUUGUCCUCUGUACCAGAUUUUUAAAAAACCCUUACAACUCUGUGACAUUUUCUUUGUUCUGGAGCAUCAUUAAAAGAG